AUGGCGGCCGUACCGAGAGGCCUCAUUUCUCGAUUCAAUCAGUUUCUAUCAAUCCGGUCCGUGACUACUUCGCCAUCUGAAUCUCUACCUCAUUGUAGCUUCUUUCUCCUCCGACGAUUCAGCUCCGAUGCUGGGUUGGUCGACGGUGCUGGAUCUGAUAUUGUCGGGGAUCCGACCCGAAUCAUCGAGGCGAAACAAGGUGAGAUGUCUAAAAGCUCUAAAAGGACUGGGAUCAUCGCCGUUAAGUGUGGGAUGACUGCGCUCUGGAACAAAUGGGGAGCUAGGGUUCCGGUUUCUAUUCUUUGGGUUGAUGAUAACAUUGUCUCUCAGGUUAAGACUGUUGAGAAAGAAGGGAUUUUUGCGCUACAGAUUGCUGUAACGUUUAUUGAUGAAUUGGGUUUGUGA